UGGGGAAAUUGGGAACCCCAAGCGGCGGCAGAACUUUCCAGAUGCUGUUGAUGUUAGUGUCGACACCAACACCAAUAUGUCCUCGACAUCUACACUAAAGUCAAUGCGGCACGUUUGUAGCCGGCUAUGUACUCCAUCCUCAAAGGACCAUUGCACGGGCUCCCGGCAUCAGCACCGACAACAGCAAUUGUCAAUCCAUCCAAAGGUUCAAUCGCAACCCGUCCGGCGGGCCCUCCCUGCCUUUUGUUUGGCGCUCAGCAAUGUCGGGCAACGGAGGUUCUGUGGCCCGUCUUGUCCUCUAAGAUCCACAACCUACAUCGGGGUCAUCCAUAUCUUGCAUAUGCUGCAAACUCAACGCCACGCGCCUCCUUUGAAUUGAGGAUGUCAACAAGUGGACCCUCAAUAACUGCCGGCUUUUGGGACACCCUCCACUGGAGUUGGUGCAGGGAGUUUGCUGCCCGCACUUGUGGGGUCACCUUUCUUUUUUUUUUCUUUACCUUGAUGGACACGGGAGUGGGAAUCGGUGGAAUUGCCAAGGACUGGCGAUGGAGGUGGGGAUGGAGGUGGGGAUGGGGAUUACAAAGGAAUGAUGGACGGACGGGGAUGAUGGUGGUUGUGAGCCAGCAGAUGCAAGUAAUUCUCGGCCAAUCUCGACAAAGCUCGACAAUCUGCGAAAUCUGGAUGUGUGUUAUAGGCUCUUCUGGCCGGCCGGUAGCUGCGUGGGAAAGUGGAAGUCGGCAAGGUCAUCUGGGGAAAUUGGAACACAGUUUCAGAUUUUUCGAGGGGAUGGACCCGUUCGUCGCCAUUGAAGAUCCUCUUUUCCCCUCCUGGAACAUACCUAGGCUCGCUCGCAACCGGUUUUUGGGGUCCAAUUUAAUUUGAUGUAAUAGCAUGUUAUCGAGUCUCAAUGUGGAUGUUUUCUUUUGGGUACGUGGGUGGGCAUGCGAGGCGAAACUCUGAAAGUGCAGUUUGUCAGAGAGACCAAGUGGUUGUGAUACUAGUGUAAAAGGAAUUACGGGGGAAGAACACGAUAUCUGCUCUAUAGAAACUUUUUCUGGGUUUCCCGUUGAUUAAUAGCCAAGUGAAUAAGAAAUGUAGUCAGUUCAGAGGC